CGGUUGGGCUGAACCUAACUGGCGGCGUGGGCGGCGGAACCGGGAAGGCGAGUGCGCCGCAGACCCCUGGGCUCCCGCCUGUGGCUUGUAGAGCUGCCGCCUUCUUUCCUCUUCUACUCCCCCGGAGCUGCCUGGAAGCAUGGAUCGGUACCGGCCACGGCUGCAUUCCGCGGCGCAGGGCUCGGCCGCCGGGGCUCCCUAUCCCUCCUCCGCCUCGUUCCGCAGCUGCCGGGACAGCAAGAUGCCGCGCAGGAAGGGCCCCCAGCACCCUCCGCCGCCCGGAGGCCCCGAGGAGCCUGGAGAGAAACGCCCUAAGUUUCAUUUAAAUAUUAGGACACUGACGGAUGAUAUGCUGGACAGAUUUGCCAGCAUAAGAAUUCCAGGGAGCAAGAAAGAAAGGACUCCACUUUCCAACCUGAAGACUGCAUUUUCAAGCAAUGAUUGCUCUUCAGAGAUGAAUGAAAACAUUCCAAAGCCACUGUCCGAGAAGGAACUCUUAGAGCUUUUUGAAAAGAUGAUGGAAGAUAUGAAUUUAAAUGAAGAUAAAAAGGCACCAUUGCGGGAAAAGGACUUCAGUACCAAAAAAGAAAUGGUGAUGCAGUACAUUAAUACUGCUUCCAAGACAGGAAGUGUUAAGAGUAGUCGACAGAUCUCACCUCAGGAGUUCAUCCAUGAACUGAAGAUGGAGUCUGCAGAUGAGAGGCUCUUCACGUGCCUGGAGUCCCUCCGUGUGUCUUUGACGAGUAAUCCCGUGAGUUGGGUGGAGAGCUUUGAACAUGAGGGGCUUGGAUUAUUACUGGACAUUUUGGAAAAGCUGAUUAGUGGCAAAAUACAAGAAAAAAUUAUAAAGAAGAAUCAGCACAAAGUCAUACAGUGUCUAAAGGCCUUGAUGAACACCCAGUAUGGCUUGGAAAGAAUUAUGAGUGAAGAGAGGAGUCUUUCUUUGUUAGCCAGAGCCAUUGAUCCUGAGAAGCCCAGUAUGAUGACGGAUGUGGUUAAACUCCUUUCUGCAAUGUGCAUUGUAGGGGAGGAAAGCAUCCUUGAAGAAGUUUUAGAAGCUUUAACAUCAGCUGGAGAAGAAAGAAAAAUUGACAGAUUUUCUUCUAUUGUGGAAGGUCUUCGGCACAAUUCAGUUCAAUUGCAAGUAGCAUGUAUGCAGCUUAUCAAUGCUCUUGUUACAUCUCCUGAUGAUUUGGACUUCAGGCUUCACAUCAGAAAUGAAUUUAUGCGUUGUGGAUUGAAAGAGAUAUUGCCAAAUUUAAAACGUAUUAAGAAUGAUGGCCUGGAUAUACAACUUAAAGUCUUUGACGAGCAUAAGGAAGAAGAUUUGAUUGAGUUCUUCCAUCGCCUCGAAGAUAUUAGAGCUGAACUUGAUGAAGCGAAUGAUCUUCACAACAUGGUGUGGAACACAGUUAAGGAAACCAGAGCAGAGGGAUAUUUCAUUUCAAUUCUGCAGCAUCUUUUGCUGAUUCGAAAUGAUUAUUUUAUAAGGCAGCAGUACUUCAAGUUAAUUGAUGAGUGUGUAUCCCAGAUUGUACUGCAUAGAGAUGGGAUGGAUCCAGACUUCACAUAUCGAAAAAGACUAGACUUAGAUUUAAGUCAGUUUGUUGAUAUUUGCAUAGAUCAGGUGAAACUAGAAGAGUUUGAAGAGAAAGCAUCAGAACUUAACAAGAAAUUUGAAAAAGAGUUUACCGACCACCAAGAAACUCAGGCUCAAUUGCAGAAAAAAGAGGCAAAGAUUAACGAGCUUCAAGCAGAGUUACAAGCUUUUAAAUCACAGUUUGGUGCCUUGCCACCUGGUACCUAUUUGCCUUCUUCAAAAGAAAAUGAAACUGGCAACGCAGCACUUCCUCCACCACCACCACUGUCCUCUUGUGGAGGUGUGCCCCCUCCACCCCCACCUGCACCCCCUCCCCUUCCAGGAAUGCCCAUGCCAUUUGGUGGUGGUCCUGUGCCUCCACCACCGCCCCUGGGAUUUCUCAGUGGACGAAACUCUCCCCCACCACCAACCCUGCCUUUUGGGUUAAAACCAAAGAAAGAAUUUAAACCGGAGACCAACAUGAGAAGAUUGAAUUGGUUAAAGAUCAGACCUCAGGAAAUGACUGAAGACUGUUUCUGGGUAAAAGCAAAUGAAAAUAAGUAUGAAAAUAUGGAUUUGCUUUGUAAACUUGAGAAUACGUUUUGUUGCCAACCAAAAGAGAGAAGAGAAGAGGAAGAUUUUGAAGAGAAGAAAGCUAUUAAGAAAAGAAUUAAAGAACUUAAAUUUCUAGAUUCUAAAGUUGCCCAGAACCUUUCAAUCUUCCUGAGUUCUUUUCGGGUGCCAUAUGAGGAAAUCAAAAUGAUGAUAUUGGAAGUGGAUGAAACACAGUUGGCAGAGUCUAUGAUUCAGAACUUAAUGAAGCAUCUUCCUGAUCAAGAACAGUUAAAUUCACUGUCUCAGUUCAAGAGUGACUAUAACAACUUAUGUGAACCCGAGCAGUUUGCUGUUGUGAUGAGCAAUGUGAAGAGACUACGGCCACGGCUCAGUGCUAUUCUCUUUAAGCUUCAGUUUGAAGAGCAGGUGAACAACAUCAAACCUGACAUCAUGGCUGUCAGUGCUGCCUGCGAAGAGAUGAAGAAGAGCAGGAGCUUUAGCAAGUUGCUGGAACUUGUGUUGCUAAUGGGAAACUACAUGAACGCUGGCUCCCGGAAUGCUCAAACCUUCGGAUUUAACCUUAGCUCCCUCUGUAAACUAAAGGACACAAAAUCAGCAGAUCAGAAAACAACACUACUUCAUUUUCUUGUGCAAAUAUGUGAAGAAAACUACCCUGAUAUCCUCAAUUUUGUGGAUGAUUUGGAACACUUGGACAAAGCUAGUAAAGUUUCUGUAGAAACGCUGGAAAAGAAUUUGAAGCAGAUGGGAAGGCAGCUUCAACAGCUUGAGAAAGAUUUGAAAAUCUUUCCCCCUCCUGAGGACUUGCAUGAUAAGUUUGUGACAAAGAUGUCCAGCUUUGUUAUCAGUGCAAAAGAACACUAUGAGAAACUUUCAAAAUUACAUGAAAACAUGGACAAGUUAUACCAGAGUAUAAUGGGGUACUAUGCCAUCGAUGUGAAGAAGGUGUCUGUGGAAGACUUUUUGACUGAUUUGAAUAACUUCAGAACCAUGUUCAUGCAAGCAAUGAAGGAGAAUUUCAAAAAAAGAGAAGCAGAGGAAAAAGAAAAACGUGCCAGGAUAGCCAAAGAAUUGGCAGAGAAGGAAAGACUUGAACGCCAACAAAAGAAAAAACGCCUUUUAGAAAUGAAGACUGAGGGUGAUGAGACAGGAGUGAUGGAUAGUCUGCUGGAGGCCUUGCAGUCGGGGGCUGCCUUCCGCGACCGAAGGAAAAGGACACCGAAGCCGAAAGAUAUUCGGCGAAGUCUCAGUCCAGCGUCUCGGCCUGUCCUGAAAGUUUGUAACCAUGAAAAUCAGAAGUUGCAGUUGACAGAAGGGUCACAUUCACACUACAAUAUCAAUUGCAGCUCAACAAGGACUGCAGUCACCAAGGAGCUUAAUUAUAAUCUAGACACUCACACGUCUACCGAGAGGAUCAAGGCAGCUGAGAAGAAGGAAGCCUGUAAUGUAGAAAGCAACAGAAAAAAGGAAAUGGAACUUCUUGGCUCGGUUUCUAAAAACGAAUCCAUUCCCGAAGUUGAAGCCCUGCUGGCAAGAUUACGAGCUUUAUAAAUUAAAGUGGUAAAAAUGAUUAAGCCAAAUAUAAAGCCAUGCUCUAAGCUAUACCACUUGAAAAAAUUGCUUCUUAUAUAA